AUGGAGCUUUGCGAUGGUCUUCCAACCUCCAUCAAGUACUGGAAGGAGGAAUUUUUCUUUGUACACGUUUUUGUCUUCUCCGAACCUAUGGUGUUUGGUGCAACUGUUGACAGGGUUGUUGAUCCUGUUCCCGAACUAUCUACCGAAGAACAUGUUCUUGUUGAUCGUUUGAGUGAGAAUUACGUGAAAUGGUCUGAUCCGAAGGAGGUUGUAGUGGGGAUGGACGGUAUGAACCCACAUUGGGAUAAAUUAGGUAAAAAUCCUGUCGAGACUCUGGGAGGGCAAGAGGUAACUUUUCUUGAUCAAUUAUUAUGGAAGUGA